CCCCCCUCUCCCUUCCCUCUCCAUCUCCAAAACCCUCUGUUUUUCGGAUCAGAAAACGUUCCUUCUUGUUCCGACAAUGGCGGCGACGUUGUACAAGUCCUGUCUCCUUAAACCCAAGUCCCCCACCACCAAUCAACUCAACCCUCCUCUCCGCCUUCGUCUUCCCACCCCGUCAAGAGUUUCGGUUUUCGGAAAAAGGCGUGGAGAUGUUGCCGCGAAAGCUUCGAUUGAAAUGGCGGAAUCGAACUCGAGGCCUUCCGUUGUCGUCAAUUCCAGUAAGAAGAACAGCCCCAUUAUCGUCAUCGAUAAUUACGACAGCUUCACCUACAAUCUCUGCCAGUAUAUGGGCGAGCUGGGAUGCCAUUUUGAAGUUUACCGAAAUGACGAGCUUACAGUUGAGGAGUUGAAAAGCAAAAAUCCGAGAGGGGUGCUAAUUUCUCCUGGACCUGGCACACCGCAAGAUUCCGGGAUUUCUUUGCAAACUGUUUUGGAACUCGGACCAAUUGUUCCAUUAUUUGGUGUAUGCAUGGGUUUGCAGUGUAUCGGAGAGGCAUUUGGAGGGAAGAUCGUGAGAUCCCCAUUUGGUGUAAUGCACGGGAAAAGUUCAAUGGUUUAUCAUGAUGAGAAAGGGGAAGAUGGAUUGUUCUCUGGAUUAUCAAACCCUUUCCUUGUAGGAAGAUAUCACAGCCUUGUGAUAGAGAAGGACUCGUUUCCUCACGAAGAGCUCGAAAUUACAGCGGAGACAGAGGAUGGGUUGGUUAUGGCAGCCCGUCACAAGAAGUACAAGCAUAUUCAGGGAGUUCAGUUCCAUCCGGAGAGUAUCAUAACAACCGAAGGCAAGACCAUUGUUCGCAACUUCAUCAAACUUGUAGAGAGAAAGGAGGCUGAGACAGUCAUGUAGAGGAGCUGCUUUCUGCCUCGUUCUUUUUCUAUACAAUCAAUAUAUAUACAUUUCUAGUUUUAAGGAUGAUUCUUGUCAUCUUUGUUACAUUAAAAUAAAGCCAUCAAGUAUUUCUUCUCAUGGACCCUGAAAAUAUUCGUUGCUUAUGUCAAUGCUUAUGUCAUCA